GUCCAGAGGGCGCGCAGUUGCAAACUUUCCGUAGCGUGAAAAAGAAAACAGAGGCAGAAUGGAGGCCCUAAACGAUGAAAACAUUGACGAAUUGAAGCUGUUGGAAGCCCAGAUCAAGAACCUGGAGGCUGAAGUUGAAAUGUUACAAGAGCAACAGAAAAAGAGUCUCAAGGACCUGUCUGUUGAUUUCAGGGGAUCUGUGCAGGAUGCUCUCUCAGUCCUUACAAGUAACAAGCAAAACAGUCAGAAGGCAGAAGUUCUCCUGAGACUGAAGGAGGAAGUGGCGGAGCUGGAGGAAGACCUGCGCCAUCAAACUGAUGUGAACGGAUUCAGACUGGAGAGCUGCUCCAUUAAGACUUUGCAGAGCGGUGAGAGUGAAGUGGUGCGGCAGUUCAAAAUAGUUGGCAGUUGCUCAGAGCUGUCAUUCAUGGUGGAGUUUAACCUUACAGAGAAAAAGGUGGGUCAGAGUUCUGAGAAAACAAUCACUGGUCUGAAUGUGGUGAUGGACCACACCUACCUCCAGCAAUUCAGCAGCUUACUGUCGGGGAUGGAGGAGACCAAUGAUCUUCUGUUGUUGUUCAGAACCAUCAGAACCUUCUCCAACAUAUGUGAUGACCGCUGCAGAACCUUCCUACACUUCCAGGAGAAGUAUCCGUCGGUCGUCACUCUGCCAGAAGGCAGGCGGUCCCAGGUCAUGUCCCUGCAGCACCCGGAAGUACCAAGCUUGGUGUUUUCUAUUCACUGGUCAGUUGAAGUUUCUGAAGACGGAGUCGUCCUCCCAAAGGUGGACUUGCUGACUAAGACCCCAGAGGAAGUGCCGCAGCAGUUCCCUCCGCUGGCUGCAGGGGGCGCAGCAGAAGCCUUCCACAGUCUGCUGAGGCUCCUGGGCCUGGAGGCGGCGCUGGAGUCCGUCAUCCGCGCGCUCAGUCCUCCUGAAGCAGAGGCCUGAGCCUCAGUGAGGAGGCAGAGAACGUUCCCUCGUGGAAAAGGCUUUAUUGGUAUAAAGAUAUGGACUGACAGCAGAGAUCAUGGUCUACAAAAAUAAAUA